UUGUCAUCACCACAGUUGUCCACUAUGUCCAGUGGCAGCCAGACCACUCCCUCGUUCCCUCAGGCCCAACAGGCUCAAAUCAUCAGAGCUAACCAACGCGACCUGUAUCACAUCGCCUCGCUCAAGGAACAGUUCGAAGCUACUCUUCGCUCUUGGCUUGGGACGCGUUGGCUGAGUCGAUGGGACAAAGAAGUGGACCUGCUGGUCAAACUAGGCUAUUAUGGGCUCACCACUGCUCGAGCUACUCAGACUCUUGGUGAAGAGUACACCGAUAUCUGGCAGCAUUCCGCGCUCUACGACAGCGUUCCUCCGCCGUUACUGAUUCGAGGAGCGCUCGUCUUACUCCCCACACUUCCGCCAUAUCUGCUAGCCCGACUGGACGAAUUUUUCCCCAGCUACGGCCCUCCUACAGCAUUACGGAGACUCUUGAAGAGGAUACCGAUAGUCUUCGAGACAGUCGCCGAGCUCAACCUGGCCAUCUUCUACAUUUGGGGAACUUAUUACGACGUUGUCAAACGCAUUUUGGGCGUGAAGAAGAUCGCAGGGACGCCUCCCAAUCCUCAUAUCCGACCUCCUUCAUAUUCCUUGCUUGGGAUUCUUCUGGGCGUCCGCAUCCUCCACAAACUAAUAACGUUAUACAAGAAGACCGCAGGCUCCGAGUCGUCAGAGGACCUGAAAGGGAAACAGCGCGACUACAAUAUGGGCCAGGAGGCGUUCCUUGAUGACCGACCCAUCACCAUGUUCCUGGGACCCGUAGAUCCUGAGGGUGAGCCGGCUAAGCCUGCUGAAGAAGAUGAGCGAACGAUGCUCGACGUGGUAUCGAUUUCCGAAGCCGGAAGAGCUGCGCGGAAUUGCACAUUAUGUCUGGAAGAGCGGACGGAUAGCUGCGCGACUGAGUGCGGGCAUCUUUUUUGUUGGAGCUGUAUCGUGGGCUGGGGCCGGGAAAAGGCCGAAUGCCCGCUCUGUAGGCAGUCGCUCAACUUGACGCGGCUGCUUCCCAUAUACAAUCUGUGAUCUGAUUUACAUUACAAGGUCGAUAGAAGCUC